UUUGCGCUGGCGGGCGGGGGCAGCUGCGGCCUGGGCCCCGCGGUCGGGCAGCCGGAGGCCGUCUGGGCCCAGCCCGGCCCGCAGUGCUCGGCUGGUGGGGGGCGGCGGCCCGAGAUGCGGCGGCCUGGGGAAAGGGCGCUGCGGUCCCGGCGGAGCCCCGGGCACAGGGACCCGGCGGCGGCCGCAGCGCGUUGUGCUCAACGCGCGUUUCCCAUUGGCAGGAGCUGGAGGAGCGCUCUGGGGCGGAGCGGCUGCAGAGAGCUCCCGGAGGGGCGCGGGCGGUGCUUGCCGGGCUCCCUUCCGCCGGAAGGGGAGGGGUCCCGACGGCGGUGCGAGGUGGAGGAGCUCGGUGGUGACAAAACACAGAACCUCCUCAGCAUGUCUGUAGUUCAGCAAGGGACGGCAACACUUCGGAAAGCAAAGAAAACCACUGUAAAAACAAGUCUAGAUAACCCCUUUGUUUUCCAAUGGAAAACCAUAGAUGGAGAAGAUAUGCAUUUUAUACUAGAGACCUUAGAAGAAAGGAUUAAACAUAUUGGACUUAAAAAGAUUGAGAGUCCAAGAAAGAAAAAACGUUCCCUUAUGAAAAAGCAAACAGAAAGAAAGCGUGAUGCUGGCACCGAUGAACUCCCUAAAGAGGAAAGAGAAAGCCACCAACAAAAACCAGGAUGGACUGACAUAAUUAUCAGAAGACAGCUUGCUAUUGGAGUUAACGAAGUUACAAAAGCAUUGGAAAAAAAUGAACUUCUUCUCGUGCUGGUGUGCAAGUCUGCCAAGCCGGCCAUGAUCACGUCGCACCUGCUGGAGCUGAGCGCGAGCCGCACCACGCCGGCGGGGCAGGUGCCGCGCCUCAGCGAGACCCUCGCGCCCCCGCUGGGCCUGACCUCCGUCCUGGCGCUCGGCUUCAAAAGGCCGGCUGACAAAUUCUCUGAAGCCAUAGCAGCAAUAAUUCCAAAGAUACCGCCUUUGGAAGUGCCGUGGUUUCAGUACAGAGCUGAAGAAUCCAUGGCUUAUGCAGAUACAGAUUCUUCAGAAAAUCUGGAACCCGAAGAGCUUGCAGAGCUGCUGGGGGAGGAUAAGCUUGCAAGUCAGAAGCGGAAGCAUGCGGAAAGCAAUCGGCCUGAUCUUUCAAAUGUAAUUUUGCAGCCUUUGAAAAUCAAGAAACUCAUCCCAAAUCCCAAUAAGAAGCCGCCUCGCAAAAAGAAAAAGGCUUUUUCAGCAUAACUGAUUAUAGCUUGAUUCUUUCUAUUAAACAGAUUUUUUAAAUGCAGGAUGGAGUACAGUUCGAACUGAACAAUUCUUCUAGGCUUUACAGUGUAAAGCUCUUGAAUACAAGGUGAACUUUAUGUUGCAUUUGGCUGAAGUACUUUCUUCUUUAAUAAAGAAUAUUGCUCAGACUUGGGUGUUAGUCUUUACUGGGGAUAAGUAUUUUCAUUUGCAGCUGGGGGUCAGACUUAAAGCCAGUAAUGAACAUGCCAACGUAAUUUUAAGACAUAAUUUAUACUUCUCUGGAAUUAAUACAAAGCAUUAAAUGAACUCUGUAUUUUUACACAGAUGAACAUGCUUUAAGCAAAAGAGAUUUACGUAUAAUUACUCAAACAAAUAAAUACCAAAAGUGAAAGUUUAUUUAAAACAAAGGUCCAUGCCAGUGUAAGUCUUUUAAAGCUGGGUUCAAGUAAACAGCACAGGCAGAUUCCCCUUUUGAACUCUAAUAUAGUUUGUUCUGCUGAACAGCUUGUUUUGGUCACAUAUGUAUGCAGACCUGGGUUCCAUCUGAUACCUGAUGCAUGGUAUGCUGAAGGAAAAGUAAUAUCCAAAUACAAAACCAAAUUAUUACUGCUGCAGUAUUAAAAAAACAAACAAACAAACAUCUAAAUGAAGUCUAAAGUUGUUUCCCAGGAAACUGACAUAAGCCAUAUACUUACAUAAAGUAAAUGAGAAGUAUAACUGCUACAAGAACGAAAACAUACCAUGUAACUUCUGAGUUUCCUUUUAUUUUACUGGGGAUGAUGAACAAUUUCCUAAUGAGGGGAUUGGGUUGUAGGAGGGAAGGGAAAUAGCACUGCAAUUCAGGCAAUCAACAGCCUAGAAAAUUACUUGUAGAAGAAAGCAUAAAAUUCUUAACUGAGUAACUUUGUUGUUCCUUAAAAGUUAAAAUUUACAUGUAUUUUUCAGAGAUUGGUUAAUCCAGACUUCCACUGCCAUCCAAUAGCUCAUCUGUAUUUUGAAUUUAUUUAGAAAUUACUUCAGUUCAUGAUACCAACUGUGAAGGCAGGCAGUAGCAAUGAGCAAUGAUUGUGUAGUCAUGAUGCUCCUUGAAGUUUAAACAAAGAAUUUAAUGCUACAAUUUUUGUCUGUGUCUGAGGAUGCAAUAAGAGGUGAGAUUAUUUUGCCUUGCUUCAUAGUCCUUUAUAGAUGUCCUUUUUUCUGGCUUUC